GUCAGAGUACAAAUUUAGAAACUUUUAAAUAUAGCCAGUGUGUCAUCUUUGCACCCACUGAUUUGUUUAAAUUUCCCAAGUACAGCUACGUUUUUUGGAGGCUCUUUUCUCACGCAUACAUAGAGGCAGGAUGUCAAACCUGGGACAGUGUGACAUGGACUUUUACCAAUCUAAUUAUAUCAUUGAUAACCAGGAGCAGAGUUACAAUGAUUCUAAUGCUUAUGGAAAUCCUUAUGGAUCCAGACAAACACAGGCCACAGUGCAUCCCCAGUCUUCCACUCCAGCUCCACCUGAGAUGUUCUUCCCAUCGGGGUAUGUGGGGCAGCUUUUUCAGCCAGCAUCCAACUCAGAUUAUUACUCACAAUCUCCCCCAGUUGACAGUUUUGAUGAAGAGCCUCCUUUGCUGGAAGAACUUGGAAUUAAUUUUGAUCACAUAUGGCAGAAAACCUUGACCGUGCUAAACCCAAUGAAGCCAGCAGAUGGCAGCAUCAUGAACGAAACAGACCUUGCUGGGCCCAUCCUUUUUUGUGUGGCUCUGGGAGCCACAUUGCUUAUGGCAGGAAAAGCCCAAUUUGGCUAUGUAUAUGGCAUGAGUGCCAUCGGCUGCCUUGGGAUUCACGCCUUGCUGAACUUGAUGAGCUCCUCUGGGGUGUCCUAUGGCUGCGUGGCCAGUGUGCUGGGAUACUGCUUGCUCCCCAUGGUCAUCUUGUCCAGCUGUGCAGUCUUUUUCUCAUUGCAGCGUAAGGCAGCUGUUGUCUUUGUCUCUGCUGCAGGGGCACCCUGGGAACUGUGUCAGCCCUGGUCAUCAUCACGUGGUGCAGCCUCUCAGCCUCUAAGAUCUUCAUCUCGGCCUUGGCUAUGGAAGGACAGCAGCUUCUUGUCGCUUACCCUUGUGCCUUACUCUAUGGGCUUUUUGCCCUUCUGACAGUUUUCUAAAGACUGCUUAAUGUGGCUUUGCAAGAAGAGCCUACUUGUUUGCCGUUCAGAUUUUCCUGGAAGUGCAUUAGCACUCAAAUUCAGUGAGAUAACUUCCAUUUUAUUGCUGUUGAGAGAAUAUUAAGCAGAAAGGCAAAACAGCACUCAAGGGUGGUGCUCUAAUAGCCUCCUUGGUGGGGAGGAUGUUUUGAUUUUUCAGCUUGGAGCAUUAAAACACUUAAAAUAUUUUGAAAUAUUAAGAGAUGUAGUCUCAGUGCUGAUGUUUUUUUUUUUCUUAAUAGGCAUGUUUCUGAGAAAUUAUAAGUAAAAUGGCAUCCUAUGUUUAACAUUUAUUAACUCUAUAAUAAAUAUUUUUUAAACUUUCAUGACUCUGUAUAUGGAGAAAAGUUACAUAGUUGAACACUUUUGGGGAGUUUGGGGGUUUUAUCUACACAGAGUCAAAGAACCACCUCCCUUUACCAUAACUACUGUUAUUCAGUCUCAUUGAGAUAAUGUGUUGACUCUGCACAUUUUUAGGUUCUCAUUUCCCUCUCAUCUGGUCUAAAUGCCAUGGGCUCUUACUACGGCUCCCCCUUGCAUAUAUCCUAAGUAAUUUUGCUAUAUCUUCUCUAAAGAGAUAGAUGUGCCUACAAGAACUUCCACCUGUUCUGCAUUAGUGCCACUGAAGUCUGUGAAAUGGUCCCUCAGCACUGCCCUCUAAUCCUGUACUACAUUUUUGUUUGAAAUUUGUUUUCAUACUAAGAUGGUGAGUGCGUUACUGCCCAGCUCUCGGCUCUUUUGCUCUCU